AACGGCGGAUAUCACUGCAUCACCCCACUACAGACCGCAACCCUUAACCUCGUCUACCCUCUGCCUCCCGCCGCCGCCGUCGCUUUCUUCUCCGGAGAGACCUCCAGAGACCAGCGAGCGCGGAGCCGGAGCAAACCCUAGCCUCCCGCCAUGGUGCUGCAGAAUGACAUCGACCUGCUGAACCCGCCGGCGGAGCUGGAGAAGCUCAAGCACAAGAAGAAGCGCCUCGUUCAAUCCCCCAACUCCUUUUUCAUGCACUACCGUGUUCAGCCACUCUCAGACUGUCGUGGUCUGCCCGGGCUGCCAGACGGUGCUCUGCCAGCCUACUGGUGGGAAGGCCAGGCUAACCGAGGGGUGCUCCUUCCGCCGCAAGGGCGACUAAGAGAUGAAAAUCAUCUGAAAGCAAAGCUCUAUUGAUCAAACUAUUUAGGUACACCGGAUGUAGUCUGAAUCUGGCCUCUGAGUGAACCCAUGUUUGAUAAUUUAAUCUUUCGCUAGAGUUAUGUCGUAACACUGGUACUUUUUAUUAACUGGGAGUGCGAGGUUAGACUGCCGGUAUGUAUCCUAGUGACGGUUGUCGUCAAUGAAUCGUCACUGGUACAUCACGGAGCCGGUCUCCCUCCCCUCUUGUACUUUGGAUGCAAUCUGAGUCACUGGUGGUCUUGUCUGCACCUUGUGGUGGCAGGUUUGGGGCUUGGCAGCCGGCAGUGGAGAGGAUGAAGAAUCUGGGCACUGAACUGUGCGACCGCAUAGCUUCCAUUCGCUCAGAGGAAGGAACAUCACAUAUGAGCGCCCUCUCUGGAACUGGAAGGGGCAUCCGGGCUUUGAUCUAAGAGCAGUUGAGACCCUGGCCGUGCGAAUGUGAAUGCGGUCCUACCUGAGCUGAGAUGUCUGAACUCGGCAGAGGAUGGAGACAAGCUGAGAAAUGAAAGCCGAGCAACGCUACUUCUCACACCCGGCUGGUGAGACGACACCAUUCGAGUAAUAAAUUGAGCCGUUUUCCAAACAAUGUGCUGAAAGCCCAUAGCUUUGCUACACAAUAUCGUACCGAGUAGUAGCUGCUCCUUGGCUGAACAUUCCUGAAAACCUCGAGGACACGACACGGCGUGCCGGAUCGUUCGUGGUUUCUUAAUCCAAAAAACAUCUGACAUAAGACACGG